AUGCGCUGGGCCCUGUGGUGCGUGGCGCUCCUGCGCGUCGGCGAGGGCUUCCGCGCGUCGCGGCGCAUCAUCGCGGACGACGACGACGACGACUACGACGCGGUCGGGGCGGGCUCCGCCAACCUCAUCGAGCGCGCCAUCGUCGAGCUCGAGGCGGAGUAUGGCCGAACCUUCGACGCACGCGAGAAGGCCGGGUUGCGUCGCUUGGGGGAUGACUACGUCGCGGAGUCUGGCGAGGCGAAUGGGAGAGGGGAUAUGAUGGUCGAGUACCUCGGCGGCACGUUCCGCGUCGGUCCGCACAUCUUUGACGCGGCCGUCAAGGCCAAGCCUAGGGCGGCGAGCGGCGGGGCCAAGAAGCAGGACGGCCGCGGCGAGCGCUCCCGCGUGUCGCGGCGCGUCAUCGCGGACGACGACGACGACGACGACGAGACGAACGUUUGGGAGGCCGAGAUCGAAAGCGCGGUCGAGUUCUUCAGAUCGGUCCGCGGCGCCGUCGUCGACGAGCGCGAAGCCGCGGUGCUGCGUCACGGGGCGGAGGAAUACCUAAAGGAUGGCGGCGACGCGGAGUUCUUGACCGACUACCUCGCCAGCGCGUUCUACGUCGGGCGGGACGACGCGGACGUCGAGGAGGACCGCAUCUCCCGCACCAUCGCGAACCUCAAGGCCAAGGCGGAGAGCGGAGUCGCCGAGAACCAGGACGUGGCAGGGCUGCGCCGCGUGGCGAGCGACCUGGAGAAGAACCAGGAGGCGCGCCGCCUGGCGACGGCCUUCGGCGCCGGGGGAGAUCAUUCGGAGCGCGCGACCGCCAAGCUGUUCAAGGGGCUGAAAGCGGUCUACGGCGUGGAGCGCGCGGACCGCGACGCCUACCCGCCGGUCCUGCUCGAGCUGCUCGCCAGCCUCAGAGCGAUCGGCCUCCACGACCCCGACGACGCCGCCGCCGAUCCCGACGACGACGACGACGACGACGAGGCGAGCUACUGCGGCGCCUACGACGACGACGACGACGACUACGUGACGCUCGAGGACCUCGAGGAGUUCGACGGCUUCCUCGAGGCCAUCGCGUCGCUGAGCGGCCCCGCGGACCCGCCGGCGGUCGACGCGGCGAUCCUCGCGGGCAUCGAGCGGGCGACGAGCCUCGGCUGGGACGUCGACACGCUCACCGUCGGCGGCGACGGCGUGCUCCACGUCGCCGCGGAGCACGGCCGCGCGGACCUCGCGCGCGCGCUCGUCGGCGACUGGGGCGCGUCCGUCGAUCUCGGCAACGCGGCCGAGCGCACGGCGCUCCACGUCGCGGCGGAGGGGAACUUCGUGCCCGUCAUGCUCGCGUUGGUCGCCGGCGGCGCCGACGUCGACGCCCUGGACGACGAGGGGUCGGCGCCCGCGCACGUCGCGGCCGCGGCGGACCGGGUCGACGCGCUCGAGGCGCUCUGGCGCUGGAACGCGAACUUCGGCCUGCGCAACGGCGACGGCGGCUGGCCCGCCGCCGUCGCCGCCGCCGCCGGGAGCCUCGCGGCGCUCGAGUUCCUCGCGGACCGGGGCCUGCUCUACGACGCGGACCGCGAACCCCCGCUCCUCGUCGUCGCCGCGGGCGCGAACCAGAGCGGCGCCGUCGCGGCGCUCCUGCUCUGGGGGGCCGCGGACCUCGACGACGCCAUCGCCUACGCGGCCAGGGCCGAGGACCGCGCGCGGGCCCGCGGGCCCGACGGCGACCGGCGCCGGUUCGCCGCCGCGCGCGGCCUCCUCGAGGAGACGCGGCGCGCGCAGCUCACGCUCAUGGUCGAGGGCGUCGCCUUCGAGCUGUCCUGGGUCGCCAUCGUCGCGGGCCUCGUCUUCUUCCGCGGCGAGCAGCUGCUGGCCUUCUCGCGGCGCGGCAUCCUCGUCGGCGCGGGCCUCGUCGGCGUCGGCGGCCUGCCGCUCCUCGCGCUCUUCCUCCUGGCCUGGGCCGUCGUCUUCCAGGGCACGCGCUGGGCCAUCCGCCGCGUCCGCGCGGGCUUCGACACCGCGGCCGCCGCGGACGCGGCCGCGCGCGAGCUCGCGAGCGAGAUGGACGCGCCGCCGCCCGACGCGCUCAGGCUCGCCGACGCGUCGGCCCGGUCGGCCCGGGCCGAGGCCGAGGCCGCGGCGCGCGAGUGCGCGGAGAUCCAGGCGAGCAGGACGGCGACGCACAAGGAGAAGUGGCAGGCGAAGAAGCGCGCGCGCAAGUGCGCGGUGGCCAAGGAGGAGGCGGCGAAGCGGCAGGCGAACCAGGAACGCGCGGAGGCCCUGGCGCGCGUGGAGGCCCGGAAAGCCGAGGCGGAGCGGCUCGAAGCGCUGCGCAAGAAGGCCUCGGCGGAGGCGCGCGCGCGAGACGAGGCCAAGGCUCGGGCGACGGACGCGAUGGAGGCUCGCGCGCGAGAGGAGGCGCGGGCCGAGGCGCGGGCCAUCGCCGCGGCGGAGGAACGCGCGCGACGAGAGGCGGAGGCUCGGGCGCGAGCGGCGGCCCGGAAAGCCGAGGCCGAGAGGCUCGAGGCGCAGAAGGCCGCGGCGGAGAAGGCCGAGCGCAAGAAGGCCGCGGCCGAGCGCAAGAAGGCCGAGGCCGAGCGCAAGAAGGCCGAGGCCGAGCGCAAGGCCGCCGCCCGGGCCGAGGCCGAGGCGCGGCGGAAGGCCGAGGCCGAGGCGCGGGCCGCGUUCGAGCGAGAAGCGGAGCUCCUCGGCGCCGAGGAGGAGAAGCACGCGGGCGACGACUACGACGACGCCAGGGUCGUCGAGACCCUCGCGGGCCUCGGCCUCGCGAGCUACCUUCCGCUGUUCCGGGAGCAGGAGAUCGACGACGGCGCGCUCCUCGGCCUCGAGGCCGACGACCUCAGCGACAUGGGCGUCGCCCCCGCCGCGGCGCUGCGCAUCCUCUCGGCGAUCAACGCCCUGCGCAUGGCCGCGUCGAAGCUCGCCGUCAACGAGGUCAUGGACGACUCCGCGCGGCACCAGGCCGUCCUCGAGGCCGAGCUCAAGGACCACCGCGCGCGCAUCGCCAAGCUCCAGCUCGCGGACGUGCCCGAGGACCUGCUGUGCUGCAUCUCCUGCGAGAUCAUGAAGGACCCGGUGAGCGCCGACGACGGGAACACGUACGAGCGCCCUACCGGGCGCACGAAGACGUGCAAGAAGGCCAAGAGCAAGCAGGAGUGCAAGAAGGUCAAGAGCGGGGGCGAGAAGGCCUGCAAGUGGAAGAACGACAAGUGCAAGGCCAAGGGCGGCGACACCGGCGGGUCGUGCGAGGACAACACGAGCAAGGGCUCGUGCAAAAAGGACGCGCUCGGCUGCAAGUGGAAGAACGACAAGUGCCGCGGGCGGAUCAGAUGGACGCAUUGGACAAUUGGCGAAGAGAUCCUCCACAGGGCUGCAGCAGAGACCAAGGCCCGGGAGCAGGCGCGGGCGCGCGAGGCGGCGGCGGCGCGCGAGAAGGCGAAGGCGGAGGCGCGGGCGCGCGAGGCGAAGCUCGCCGCGGAAAAGGCCGAGGAGGAGGCGCGCGCGCGCGAGGCGGCGCGGGCGCGCGAGGCGGAGCUGGCCGCCGAGGCGAAGGUGCGCGAGGCGGCGCGGGCGCGCGAGGCGGAGCUAGCCGCCGAGGCGAAGGCGCGCGACGCGGCGCGGGCGCGCGACGCGGAGCUGGCCGCCGAGGCGAAGGCCCGGGAGGCGGCGGCCGCGCGCGAGGCCGCGGCGAACGCGCCGACGCGGGUCGAGCCGGAGGCCUGCGGCGCCGAGGAGGCGAAGCACGCGGACGACGACUACGACGACGCCAGGGUCGUCGAGAUCCUCGCGGGCUCGGGCAACGCGAGCCUCGUGCCCCUGUUCCGCGAACACGAGGUCGACGACGGCGCGCUCCUCGGCCUCGAGGCCGACGACCUCAGCGACAUGGGCGUCGCCCCCGCCGCGGCGCUGCGCAUCCUCUGCGCGAUUAACGCGCAGCGCAUGGCCGCGUCGAAGCUCGCCGUGAACGAGGUCAUGGACGACUCCGCGCGGCACCAGGCCGUCCUCGAGGCCGAGCUCAAGGACCACCGCGCGCGCAUCGCCAAGCUCCAGCUCGCGGACGUGCCCGAGGACCUGCUGUGCUGCAUCUCCUGCGAGAUCAUGAAGGACCCGGUGAGCGCCGACGACGGGAACACGUACGAGCGCGUGUGCAUCGAGCAGUGGUUCGCGACGGGCAAGCGGACGUCGCCGAGGACGAACGAGCCGCUGGAGUCGCUGAAGCUGCGGCCGAACCACGCGAUCCGCCGGCUGACGGCGACCUACCUCGAGAGCCGGGGUAAGGACUUCUGA